UCGGCGCGGUGGUGUUAGUCGAGAAUGUAAGCUAGGUGGCCGCACGAACACAUUUAUCACACCGAGGCUGUGUCAGACGCACAUGGGAUCCGUCCGGCGUACCCGGGGAUCUUCAGCACCCGCAGCCGAGCGGACGGGACCCUCAGCCCGGUCAGGAGCAGCGCUCACCCUGCCUGGACUCUUCCUCUGACAUAACACACACACACACACACACACACGCACACACGCGCGAAACAACCGCUGCACAUUUCUAAAGUGAUCUUUUCCUCCCUGAGAGGCUCGCGGAGACACAGCGUGUUAUUUAUUUAUAUCGUGUGUGAGCCUGACAGUCAGCCGCGGCGGACAAACUGCGUCUCGCGCGGAGAGGUCGGACUUCUUUGGCUGGGGAAAACACACCAAAACACACGCGAAAAGACUCCCGUCCUGUCGCCCCAUUUUUAUCUCCUGACUGUUUUUUCUUGCGAUUUUUUAUUUUUAUUUUUUAUUUUUUCCCUGCUGCCAAACCAGGAACCCGGCACCGGGACUGAGUCCCUGCUCUGAGGAUGAAAGAAAACUAGAUUUCUGAUCGAGGCUUUGAGGUUGUACUGGAUUUAUUUCGCUGUGGAGGAAAAGAGAACCGGGAGCGAAGCGGUGCGCGAAAAGCCGAGGUCUUCCUCCUCUUUUCUCUCCUCUCCCCCCUCUGUCUCUCCAUCUAUCAAUCUGUGUACCUAUCCUCUUCUAUCUAUCUAUCUAUCUAUCUAUCUAUCUAUCUAUCUAUCUAUCUAUUUGUUUCCAUGUUUUUAGGUCCGUGCGAUUUUGCUAAAAUGCAUCAACAGCGGAUGGCAGCUUUGGGAACAGACAAGGAACUGAGUGACUUACUGGAUUUCAGCGCGAUGCGAAACAGCGAUUUGAAAAUGUUCCCAACAUCCAUGAUGUUUUCCCCUCCUGUUAGCAGUGGAAAGAACGGGCCGACCUCCCUGGGGAGCGGACAUUUCUCCGGCUCAAAUAUGGAGGAGAGAACAAGUGCAGGGUCAUGGGCGAGUGGUAGUCGUUCUUCCAAGAGUUAUGCAGAUGGGUCGCAGUACAUGGCAUCACAUGACAGCCUCUCACCUCCGUACGCCAACUCCAGGCUAACAGGUAAAACAGAAAGGAGUUCGUACUCAUAUGGCAGAGAGUCCAACCCACACUGCCACCAGUCGAUACUGGGUGGCGAGUUGGGUUUGGGGAGUCCCGGCGCGGCGUCGCCCACCAAGCCAGCCGGUCAGUACUACCAGCACUACAGCUCCAAUCCACGGAGGAGAGCGCUGCCUAUGGACACCAUGGAGGUUCACACAAAAAAAGUGCGGAAGGUCCCUCCCGGCUUGCCGUCCUCAGUGUACGCUCCGUCUGCCAGUACAGCCGACUACAACAGGGACUCACCGGGUUAUCCAUCCUCCAAACCUCCCAGCUCUGGCUUCCCUAGCUCAUUCUUCAUGCCAGACGGUCACCACAGUGGCGAUCCCUGGAGCAGCAGUAGUAGCAGUAUGGGCCAACAGGGUUACCACGGCAGCAUGCUGGGGAGCGGGAACUCGGCCCACGGCCCCGCCCAGAGCUCCUCCUACUGCGGGAUUCACCCUCAUGACAGAUUGCAGAGCUACCCAUCACACUCGUCUGCAGAUAUCAGCUCCAGCCUUCCUCCUAUGUCCAGCUUCCACCGAGGGGGAGGGAGUGGGGGAGGGGGCAAUCACUACAGCACCGCCUCUUGCACUGCCCCCACCAAUGGCACAGACAGCAUCAUGGCUAACCGAGCACAGAGCACAGCAGCCAGCAGUUCUCAAACAGGAGACGCCUUAGGGAAAGCACUCGCAUCCAUCUACUCUCCGGACCACACGAACAACAGCUUCUCGUCCAAUCCCUCCACCCCAGUCGGCUCCCCACCCUCCCUCACAGCUGCCAGUUCAGCUGUCUGGUCGAGGAACGGCGGACAGGGAGCGUCAUCGCCAAACUAUGAGGCUCCACUGCACUCUCUGCAAAGUCGCAUUGAGGACCGUCUUGAGCGUUUGGACGAUGCCAUCCACGUACUGCGGAGCCACGCAGUGGGACCGUCAACGGGUAUGACCAGCGGGCACGGUGACAUGCACAGCCUCAUUGGGGCCUCACAUUCGCACAAUGGCGCUAUGGGUUCUCUGGGCAGUGGUUACGGGACGGGACUGCUGUCGGCCAACAGACACUCCCUCAUGGUGGGCUCUCACAGAGAAGACGGCAGCGGCGUGGGAAGUUUGCGUGGCGGACACUCGAUGGCAGGUCAGGUGCCGGUGCCUCAGCUGCCCGUCCAGUCAGCCACCUCGCCGGACCUCAAUCAGCCCGACCCGUACCGCGCCCUGUCCGGAGGCCUUCAGGGCCAGAGCACCUCCUCCGUCAGCUCGGAGAUCAAGUCUGAGGACGAGGGGGACGAGAACCUCCUGCAAGACACGAAACCCCUGGACACCAAGAAGGAGGACGUCGACAGCAAGGAGCUCAAAGCUAUUGAUAGGUCAAGAUCUAGCAACAACGAUGACGAGGACCUGUCUCCGGAGCAGAAGAUGGAGAGAGAGAGGGAACGGAGGAUGGCCAACAAUGCACGGGAGCGCCUGCGCGUCCGUGACAUCAACGAGGCAUUCAAGGAGCUGGGUAGAAUGGUCCAGCUGCAUCUGAAGAGCGACAAACCUCAGACCAAGUUACUGAUCCUGCACCAGGCCGUUGCUGUCAUCCUCAGUCUGGAGCAACAAGUCCGAGAGCGAAACCUGAACCCCAAGGCGGCCUGUCUGAAGCGUCGCGAGGAGGAGAAGGUGACCGUGACAUCGGACGGGGCUCCCCUCUCAUUGGCCGCCGCACACCACGCCGCCGCCGCCGCCAUGGGCGACGGGUCAAACCCCUUGGGACAAAUGUAAAACGCAGCAACAUCUCCUCCCCCCCUGAAUGGUCCAAGGUGCCAGAGUUCAUCAAGAUGAUGAGUGACCACUUCCUCUGACGACGUUUCCAUGACAACCCGGCAAUCGAUCAAACCUGUUGUUGCUUCAGCCUGACCAAUCAGAUUCUCUGGAACUUCAGCCUAACCAAUCAGAUCAGCCUCUUUCUCACCUCUUGUCUGUCGUCUCUGAUCCUCCUCUUCACCUUCGUCUCCGUUCUGUCGAGAACACGAACUGCAGAGUCACAUUAGUCGCUUUGGUCACUUUGCAUCUCCAGCUGAAGUGAACUGGAAGCUACUUUGUGGAGACGUUAAAACGGCCGAUGUAACAUGGCUGCUACAAAGUGGCAGUUAGUGGGAGCUUUUGACACAAAGUGACAGCAAUGGACAAAAGUCUUUGGAAUCACAUCAUCCAAGAAAUUCUUCUUCUUGUACUACUUGUUUUAUCAGCAUUCCCAGUUUCAAAGAACAAAAGGGUUCUAUAUAUAGUAUAUAUAUAUAUGAGAAAAGGAAAAAAUUACAAAAAAAUGUGUUAAAAAAGUGCAACUGGAUGCAGGCAGUGAGGAGGGUACGGGUUGGUAAGUUGUUCAGAACGCAGCAAAACAUAUCACAAAGUGUUUAAAGAGAUUUUUUUUUUAAAGCAACAUUGCGCAGCUGUUGUUGAAUGCAGCUUCAGCGCGUCUCUGACUGAAUGGCAAUCUAACGCCACACUGUGGAUGAAGCUGUGCCUGAUCUCCUCUUGGAUGCAAACCAGUCAGAUAGAUACACAUGGAGAAGCAAAGCAAACAAAACAAAAAAAGAACAGGAAAAUUCCAGGACGUAACAUGGAAGCAAGCUUCCCACUCAUAUAUCCCCUUACAAACCACACAUUUUCACAGAUUAAAGAAUAAAUUCACAUGCUAUUAGGAAUCUGUUGAGACCCUACUGCUUUUCUGAGGUGCUUGAUAUGCCGAGUGAUCUGAACAAAAAUUGCUUUUUGACUAUCAUAGAUGCCUAGAAAGGAGCGGGGCUAAACAAGAAAAACAGUGGCAACUCGUUCUUCCCCUUCUAAUACAUUCCUUCGUAAAAUGCAAACAUAAAACAAUAGAUUGUCAGUGUAAAAAAAGUCUGAACAUGUUUAUGUAUUUUCAUUAGUGUUUCAUGCUAAUAGGUUAAAUUGUACGAACUGCUAACUUUUUAGUGUGAACACGAAUAUAAGAGCCUGGACAGUUGUACCCAAAUGGCCCGUGUGUAUCUACUGAGAGGAAGAGAAUACCUAGAGAAUCAAUCAUUGAAUCAGUUAAUCAAUCAAUCAAUCAGCGAGUGACUCCAGAGGGACUGAGGUGUUUAAAUUAUUGAAGGUAGAAGAAUUACAGAAGAAAGACAGGGAGGAAGAAUCAUGCUGUAAUGAAAAAGUGUACUUCUAAAUGCGGCAGGAAGGAAAGACUUUUCUUGACAUCUUCAUUAGAGAUUGUUGUGUUUGUAGUGCAGAUGCGAAAAUGACGACAGAAAGGAAGAGCUCUAGCAUACUUCCCGAAUCAGAGUCCUUUCAUAUAUUCGUGAGCAUGGGCAGAGUAGUCAUUUUUUUAAAUGGUGUCCAGGCCUUUGCUGAAAUUGAAGGGUACUGGGCAGAUGGUUGAGAAGACAGAUGAUAGAAAAUUAUGGAUGGGUGGAUGAGAGGGAAGAGGGCUGGACUGAUCACUGAAGUAAAUUCUAUUCUGUGUUCAGCACAUUCCCUGAAUCCUGAUCACUCUACUUGAAUUAAGUGCUCCCGAUUUCCUGAAGACCUGAACUAUAAGAGUUUUGGGAGUCAUGGAAGGGUAAGGGGAAAAGCAGGAUUGAAGUGGUCCAACAUUCUGAGGAGCUAGAGAUAGAGGGAGAUAAGGAAAAACUGAGAAUCCAGAGAUCUAAAUGAUGAUGACUCUGCAAGGGAAGCAAGGGAAUAAUCAUCAGGGUGAGGGGUGUAUAAUUUUCUUCUGGGGCCCAAGCAGCAGUAGUCAAAGCAUUCCUGUGUUGGAUUCAUUAGAUACCCUAAUUUCCUGGUUUAGUAUCUGGCCGAUUAUAUCCCUAAACCUCUAACCCCAACAUCAGACAUCUUUCCAGUCCUGAGUACCAACCUUGGGGGACUUUCUGAUUGACAUUUGCUAUCUAAGUUUAUUGUAGUUGAUGUGUCUGUUGCUGGGACCAUUAGUUGCUUCAAAUAUCAUAGUCCUUGCAAUGCUUUGCUUGAUGGUGUUUUUGCGUGAUGCCUGGCAAAAUUUCAAACACUCUACUUUUCUGGUGCAAUGCAUUGCAUUGUAGAGAGUAGAGACUCAAAUUUAAUCAGGAAUCCUGCAGUCCCAAUGGGAUUCCUGUUUGGAAUUAGGCUAGGUUUUAGGAUUUCAGAUUUUGGCUGAUUUGGCCUUAGCAUCAGCUACAGUUAGCAGCACUCAGAUGCUUUGGGCCAGUGACUCCCAAACCAGAAAAAAACCUGUGUAUUCUUGUGUGUCAUUCAUCAUGAGUCUGGUAUGAGUCCAGUACGUAGGGCCCAGACAUUUUGAUUACCUUGGUUUGCUCAAAAUACAUGUACAUUUUAAAAAAAUUGUUCAAAAUAGGCAUAUUUGAAUCAACUGAAGCUAUAUCAGUAGUCUACAUCUGAGGAAGGUCUAAUCCAGAAGCCUAACCACUAAUACAGUAUAUUACUUCUGAGUUUCAAAGUUUCAGACCAGAUAGGUCAGGCAGAAAACUUUAAUGUUUAUUGCGUUGCUAUGCAUCAAGGUCUACUCUUUCGCAACAGAUGAAGGUAUUUGGAAUAUCUGCAAGAACAUCCAUUGUUUUCUGGUUUCAAUCUGAAAGUUCCCUUUUGCCUGUGCCCCAGUUUGAACCCUCCUCAAUCCAGGCCUAUGUUUAAUCCCCAGUCCCAGUGCUGUCUUCUCUGCUGACCCUAGCCUUAUGAGCCCUAAACCAGAGCCCUAGCCCCUCUACCCAGCCUCUUGCCCCACCUAAGCGGUCCCACAGAUGCAAUUUGAACAUUCACAUUCUACCAAUGUGCCUUUUUAGAGUUCAUAUCAUUCGAGUUGCCAGAGGAGGUCAUUUACCUGGUCUUUUAAUAGGAUGCAAGCUUAGGGAAACCUGUUCUUAGUCGUUAGGUUCUAUGCAGUCAGGUUUUUUACCAGACCUGGGAAUUUAAAAAAAGCUAAAAAGGAAAAAAAAGUAUUUUUUGGAUAAAAAAACUAAACUGUAUUUAAUGUACUGUACGCUUAUAUGUAAUUAGACAGCGUGUUCUGGCUUCGAGCCAGUGAGACAGACGCUUGAUUUAGCAAGACAAACACCCGUCCCAGUCCUUUUUGUCCCCCAAAGUCCUCCAUAACCCCCAACCUUUCCUGUUCCAAGCCCCAGCCCUGUUUCCAUGGUGAACAACGCGUCUUUUCUUGUAUUAUAGCUUAUCAGCUUUUUAUCAAUAUUUGAUCGGCUUGUCCGUAAGCCAAUGUAGUCUUCAGUACAAAGUGUGUGGUCGUAUGUUGUAAAACAGAUUUUCUUUAUUUCUCUUUUUUAAGAAUAAUCUUUUCUCUUAUUACUUUUUCUUUGUCUGUUCUGGUUUACAUGUCUAUUAUAGAAAAUGUAAAAAACAAAAAACAAAAAAACAAAAAAAACAACACAAUUCACUAUCCGACAGCAUUGUUCUCUGUCGGUAGUCAUUUUGACGCGGUUAAAAUCCUACCCAAUCAACAGGAAAGCACGGAAACUGGAAAAGAAUCUAUUUGAAUAAAUCAAUCUAUAUAUAAAUGUACAAAAAAAAUAUAUACAAUAUAUAAGGAGGGUGCCAUUUUCUGUUAUUUUUUUAUUUUCUGUUGCAAAGGAGUGUUUGCUUGGGGAGGAAUUAUUUUCUCAAAGACUGAACUGGCAGAAGUUGGCGAGGCCCCUCAGUGUUAUAAAAUUUCAACUGACUUUGUUGUGUUCUCUGUUGUUGCCAUGACAACACCCUCUGACUAGUACAGCAUCCUGCGCAAGACAAAAUGGGACCGGAGUUCCAUCAGCUCCAUUCACUGCUAUCUAUCCAAGGCAACAACACACAGACGUUUGUAAAUUGUAUGCAACAAAAUGGCAAACUUUACCAUUAUUUUGAAAUUGUGUAUGUAAAAGUUAUAUUUUUACAUGUAGACUGUUGUUAUUUUGUGUUUUAGAAAUAUGUUGUAUCGGUUUUUUUGUUAAAAGAUGAAAAAGUAAAAUUCAGUGUGUUGAAAAAAUGUGUCACAUUGAAAAUGUAGUGAGGUCAAAAGUUCUAAAUCAUUUUUUUUUUCAACAUUAUGUUUAUAUCUGUGGGGAACAUUUUGAGGGUUUGUGGGAGGAAAUCAUCAGAAAUCAUAAAAGAUAUGAUAUUUGUUUAAUUCUCCACGCCUCAUGACAUUACCAUUUUUAAUUGUAUUUUUUGUAAAUAAUCAUCAAACAUUUUCUGUGGGGUUUCUGUAGGGUGAGGACUUGCCAGUGAGAGGUGAUGAUGAUGAACUUGUUUUUAUUUUUAGUGAGGUUGUAUUCGUCCGAUUACAGUAGCCAGGUGCCAACUUUUAGUUUUGGUCAGUGGUGCUCAGUACUGUUUGUGGUUUUGGUCCCGACCAUCUGAAGUGUAAGUCAAAUUAUUAUCUUUGCUUGAACCAAGAAUCACUCGUGUCAGAGCCAGCGAGAGCCAUGUGAAGAAUUCAUUUUGACUUUGAUUGUCAAAGAAAAAAAUAACCUGAUGAAACUGGUAAAAAAAAAAAAAACAACAAUACAAAUACCUUUUCUGUAAAAUGCUAUUCGUAGGGAAAGUGCAAAUGAAAAAAUUAAUAAAAACACAGGAUAUCAUAACUGAGAAAUACACUACCUGAUUUUGAUAUGUACCCGCAAAAUUUAUUUUGAUAAUCCAAAACUUUUGUUAUUAUAAAAACGUGUUAUAACAUAAUAUUGUUUUUUUUGUCAUAACACCUUUUUAGAAAUUAUUCAAAUAUUUUAUACUUAAUUACAUAAAUUAUUACAAAAACCUAACUGAGGUACCCAAAUUCAAUUCACUUUGGUUCCCCCUGGUGUCUUUGGGCCGGCUCUGACUCCUGUGCAUUUAUUUUCUUCAAGAUGGGUUGUAAAUGUUGAUUAAAUGAAAGACCCUCAGCACCUGAUUCAAGAUUAAUAUAUGAACAGUAUGUAAAAGAUUGGAGUGUUGCUAAUAUAUAAAAGCAGGUCGUCAGCUAACAAUCUUAUCAGCUAUUUCCCCAAAAAGAUAUUAGAUCACAUGCAAGGCAGUUUCAGUCAUUUGUUUUUAGCGUUUGCCAUUAAAAUUGAGCUUUUUAUCAAAAGAAGAAGCUGCUUUGAAUCGGACCUAGGAUUGAAUCUGUCAGUGUAAGUGCUAAAUGUAUUUUUUAAGUAAUGUUAUUUUUGCAAUGCUUCAAUUAAUAUUUUCUCUUUGUUGUAUAAUCAAGUCAUCUCCCGAAUUACAGUAUCCUCAUUUUUAUGUUACCCCUGAUGUUUCUAUUAGCCAAGAUGUUAACUUUUUUCUUUUCCCUCCUUGUUGUACAUACACACCUCAUUUCUCUUUUUCAGUGACUGUGCCAUGAGCUUUGUAAUCUGUUACUCUGUACCAGUUUUACUGCAAUAAUGAGUUGAAUUCAAAAUGGCCACUCCUGUCCUUUCUUUUCCCAGCAAUGUUAGAAACAGUAAGCAUUUCUCUCUUUUCUCAUGAUAACCCCAUUUAAUGAACAAAUACACUCGGUAUACUCCAGACAUGAGCACUAACCAACAUCAGUAGCACAACAAAUCUGACAUUUGGUACAUUUAUAUAAUACUGAAUUUAAUUUGUAUUUUUUCCACACAAAAGAAUUAAAGAAACAUUUUAAACAUUUUAUACAAAUGACUGUAUGGAUGUUAACAUGGCACUUCUUUUGCAAAAAAGUAUACUAUAAUUCCUGUGAAAGACAAUGACAAAAUGAACAAUCAAAGGAGCCUGUUUUCAUGUGUUGAACCUCUAUAUAACACUAAGUUUAAAUCGUACAAAUGUACACUGCCAGAACAAAAAAGAUUUAAAACUCCUGCCAGUAUUUUCAAUUUAUUCUUGCUGAGGAUUUCUCUUAAGGCAUUGAAUAUUUUACGAGUUUCAUAUUCAUAAAUCAGUAGAACUUAUUUAUACUGAAGCAUAUGUCUUACUUUUUGAAAACUGAGAUUAAAUUAAUUUGUUCUUGUGAUCGAAGCUUAUUAAACCAUACCAGUAUUUUAGUUUUUAUUAAGUUGCUGACAAAGGCGAAAUUGAGUUCACAUAAUUUUUGAGACAUUUGUUCUUUUAGGGUCCUAAUUAACUCUGUUUUACGAAGUUCAAAUUUCACAAAUCAUGUGCUAUUACUGUUCAGUAAAGCCACAGUAAAUCAAUCACUUUUUGACAUUUUACAUUUCAGUAAAUUCUGGAUUAUGUUUAUUGGUGAAAUGUUUGAUGUUAAGUGCCAUGGUUUUUCAGUUGGUUAAUCCUACCAUACAUUUUCACCCAGAGUCGGUUUACAAGAUGGAUAUCAUUUUCAUCUCUGUGCGUCCAUUGGAGAGAUAGUUCCAGGAUAUGUUUAGCCUAUCUUAGCACAAAGACUGCAGGCAGGGGGAAACUGCUAGCUUAACUCCAACAAAAGAGAAAAAAUACUUCAACAACUCCAAAGCUGUCUGAUUUACAUGUUGUAUCUUUUAGCCAACUAGCUAGCCACAGAUCCAUCCAAGAGUCAGCUGUGUUUUGUGGACAGUAGAGUUAGGACAGAGCUCAAACCUGGCAACUCCACUCUGGGGACUUGACUUUUGAAAUGCUAUCCGCUGUCACUGCAUCCAUUGGUUGUUGGUCAACAAAUAACUCCAACACUAACUGAUGCUAAAACCACAAUGUCUUUAUAAUUACUAUAUCUACAGCUAUUCAAUAUUUGUAACAUGCAAACCAGAUAGACUUGGAGUUGAUACUGAUUUUCAGUUUUCAACACAAACAAACCACUCGGAAUAAAUAGGAAAGUGUUUAUUUGUGAUUUUGGUGAACUGAUCAUAUAAGAUGAGCUGAGGAUGAGAAAAGUUUUGAAUUUUAUUCCAGCUAACUUGGUGAAAUAUGUGGAUUUAAGAAUCGUAGUUUCUGUAAAUCAAUUAACAACAACCUGCACCGCUGCAUCCAUCUCAUCCAUGCUUGUCGCCAAGAAGAUAACAUCUGCAUUGUUAAUCCCGCCUACAAAGUUCUGAUUGGUCGAUUGUUUCUCCAACCAACUAAAAUAGCUAUCAAUGAGAACAACAGCAGACCUGUUUGAAUCUAUGAACAAAUCAGAUGUGGGCAGCAAAUCAGAGGUCAGGAACCAGGAUACGAUUAAGUAAUUGGAGGGCCCAAAAUUCAAAUUUAAACACAAAUUAGUAAUAACAGGGAACAAUUCAUUGAAACAUUUGCAAAUAAACAUUUUUUUUAAAUCCCCAUGGAAAACAGUACACUGGACUCUGUAGUUUCCAACAACAGUAUAAACAACAAGCACAAAUAAACAAUUGACUGAUGAUGUUAACUCAUCUGCUUAUUCAGUUCAUCAUGUUCUCCCUGUAAGCAUUGUUUAUAAUUUUGAAAGCCAUGCUACAUUUUUCAGUAUUAUAAUCAUGUGCAGGUGAAAAUAUAUAACGUGUGGCCUUUUUUCUUUGUUUCUUUUGAUGCAAUUCAGUAAAGAAAUGGAAAAGAAAAAAAUACACAAACCAGAAUUACCCUGUUGUCAGUGCCUGGGCUUUUUGUUAAAGCUUCCUUUGUGUAGUGCUCUUUUGCUAUGAGUAGACUUAGCGCACACUAUUAGAUGCAACAUUUUAACUAAAUCAAUCAUAAAUUUAAACAUAUUUGGCUUAAUUUUUGCAGGGGCAAUCGUUUUAUACCAUGAAUACUGAAAAUAAUAAGUAAAGAAAAAAUAAGUCAGAUUACUGUAUAAGAACAGAAUAACUACAAUAAAAUAUUCCACUUUAUAAUUUUUACAUUUUUUGUAAUCUUUUAUCUGACCCAUGUGUUACUGAAGACGACCCUGUGAGGUUUCCUGUCUGGUCAAGGUUAGAGGCCACAGUUGGGGAUGACCCAUCUCAACUGACAACAAAUGAUAAUACAAAAUAUCCCAAAAAAAUGUAAUAAAAUAACAUACAGAAACACAGCAGUUACAUUUUUUUCUCAGUGUUUGGCUGAGUGCCUCAAAUCUUUAUUUCAUUGUAUUUUUUGGUGCAUAUGUUCUUUUCUACCCUUCCAUUUUCUUAAUUAUUUCUGGUUAAUGUUGUAUUAUUUGUCUUUGUUUUUUACGUUAUAUAAUUAUUAUUGUCCUUAUGGUUGCUGUUAUUGUUGCUGUUGUUAUUAUUACACUUUGUUUUUAUUCCAGAUCAGUGGAGAUGUUGGGGAACAGGUUCUUUCUAAUUUCUGUGCUGAGGGUUUUAUUCUUCCUCGUAAGCCCAACAGUUGGCUGUUCGUUGCCUGUUGGUUCUCAUCUUGUAGUGAUUCAAUGAGGUUCAUGUUCAUGACCGUUCUGUAGCAAUAAAUGUGCCAUUUUUAUAAUGCA